GCCCUGAAAAGCUGUCACUUGCACAUGACGCGCUUGUAGUGCAGCUAAAAGGAGAUUUCGGUCCCUGGCGCAUCCUGGGCCAUUCCUGUACCCAUCAUCCCACUGGGACCAAAACUAUCUCCUGUCAAGUACAAACAAAGCAGCCGCUGAAACACUCACUUGUGUACGUAUGUAGUCUUGCGCCAAGCCACCAUGAGCCAACCGCCUACAAAACGCCGCUAUACGUGCUCGGAGGGUGCUAGGCCCCGGGCAAUCGCGUUCUCACAAAUGACUGAGGUCGUUUUCAGAAAAAUCUAUGUCGAGACCGGGGCAGUGACCCUGGCUGAGCUUUACGUGUCCAACGAGCUGCCCGCGCUAUCUGAGCUUCCGGAGGCUUUGCCGACUUCAACAGUAAAGGACCACAUGCUGGCCUCCGAUUACGUGCUGCAGCCGACCACGACAGAGGCCCCGUUGUAUAUCCAGGUUUGGGAGAUUCUUAAGAACCUGCUGGCUUUGCAAGUGGGCUCCGGUGGCACUGACGGUGAGGUAUGCAUGGGCACUGCUGGAGUGGCGCUCGGCAACGCGCGGACGGACGAGUCUGACGACAGUGAUGAUGAGGAGGACUGGGCUGAGGCGCCAACCGUGCUUGCCGACGAGGCAAUGCUGACGGGCCCUCAGGUGACGGGCAGGUCAGAAUUCGUGCUGGUCCGUGCGCCUGCGCAGCGUCCGCUUCCGAUCUGCCGCGGCCUGGAGAUGGUGGGGCGGCCCGACGGCUUGACACCAUUGCUGGUUGGGGAGGUGGAGCUGACUAUGAACUUCUUUGACCAAAUCUGGCAGCCGCUCUCUCUUGCUUUGGAGCUGUUAAAGAGAAGCCCAGCCCAAACACGCUCCGUGUGGGUGUUCCUCACAGACGUGAAGAUAUGGGACUUUGUGCGCGUGGACAGGCUGCCCUGCAGUGAAGGGGUGGGCGGUGCCGCAGCUAGCGCCGCCGCAGCCCCGGUCACUGAGUCGGCCGGUGCGACAGCGGCACCACCACGGUUCGCACUGAAGCGGAUGCUGGCUAUGCUGCACCACAUCAUCUAUCCCGGGGAGCAGCAUGCGGGCCUGCAGGACCGCAUGGCCCGGAGCAGCGCAGCGCUGGAGUCCCGGGCCAAGUCGUUGGUGAACAAGGCACAGAUACUGCAGCAGGCCCAGGGGGUUGUGGAGGAGCUGAACAUGGCCAACGCACGGGCAGCCAAGGCGGAGGCGGACGCGAAAGCGGCCAAGGCGGACGCGGAAGCAGCCAAGGCGGACGCGGAAGCGGCCAAGGCGGACGCGGAAGCGGCCAAGGCGGACGCGGAAGCAGCCAAGGCGCAGGCGGAAGCGGCCAAGGCGGACGCGGAAGCGGCCAAGGCGGACGCGGAAGCGGCCAAGGCGCAGACGGAAGCAGCCAAGGCGCAGGCGGAAGCGGCCAACGCACGGGCAAUCAAGGCUGAAGCAGAGCUGGCUGCCAUGAAGGCUCAAGGCGGACUUGCGAGCGCACGUACCAGCAUUGAAGACUAAGAUGUUGUCAUGUCAGCAGUAUAGUUUCUGAUGUACAGCAGGGUUUGUUUAUGUGCUCCAGGUAGCUCCAAGUGUUAGGUAGGUUGCAUUGGUGACAAGAAGGAGUGACAAGAAGGACGCAGGACGCGAGUCGGCAACAUGGAAUGCGAUCACCCGGCUCUGGGCCAAGCUAGGGGCUGUUGGGUAGGACUGAUGCAGACGCGCAACUACCGGUACAACAGCUUCACCUGCUGCAUAGGUUAAGCUGCUCGGUUGCGUGUAGCGUAUGUUGUGGGGCGCUGUGUGUAGGCCUCACUGGCAGGCGGACCUGGGCACGCUGGCUGUUGUGCCGCCGGUAUGGUGGGCCUGGUGGAGAGAUUGUUGUUAAUGCUAGAGCUGGCCAAAGUGGCAACGGCGGGUUUACUGGACCAUCUCUGGGAGGAUGCUCUAAGUGCCUUCUCUCGUGAGGAGUUGUGGCUAGUGCGCCCGCCUGCGGGGCUUGCGCCACCUGUGUGGGAUGUGGUGUGUCUUGCUGCUAUGUCUGCCCUGGACUUUGGUCGGCAGCGUAUGGUUAUGGCCGGGCUGGCGGCGCGAGCGAAGCUGCCGUCGGCCCGGGUGCUGAGCAUUGGACUUGCCGUCGUAGCUGACUUCUGGGGUCGUCUCCAGACGUUUGUGACUUUGGGUAUCAGGCCAAAGGGUUGGGACACUGUGCCGUCUGCGCAUCCUUUCAUCUCUCGGGCUGUUGGUGAAGGCAUGGUAUUGCGCUUGCCGUAUGACGUUGAUUCCCCGCCUCCCUCGCCGUGAGAGGUUGUCAGUGCUUGGUGGCUUUGUGUGUGGGCAGGAUGCAUGUGUGGGCGACCGUUCUAGUGCCUGGACGCUUGCGCCCUGGUUAGUGCGUGCGCUGUGCGUGUGUGCUGCGGCCUGGACGUUUCCCGGCACUCCUGUGCCUAGGCUUGUGGCGUUGGGGCACAGCGGUGGGGCUCUGGCGGGUUGAGGCUUGGCUAGGACUCACUGUGCGUGGAGUCUCACGGACUUACUUUGACCGCGGGAGGGUUUGCAGCAAAGUUGGGGUUGGUGGAAUCAAUACGCAAGGCCACGCGCGUGCAUGCGUUUACAGCGGUCUUGAUGCCUGGGUCAGUCUUUAGGGAUUCGUGCGACUAAAUGCGGGACGUCGUAUCACACCACUCGUGUGUGCGGCCACUCAUCAACUCAGCCUGGUCUGUAAUCAGUGCAGCAUACCGUACGGUAUGCAUGCCAUGUGUUCAAUGCAAGCGGACAAUCAUCUUUGUUGUCAACCUUUAUAAAACUCAUGUUAUCGGGGCUGUAAAUCGUUUGUUGG